UGCACCCGCUUCAUUAUGACCGAUUCACCAGGACGGGGCCGUCUUUAUCCCGCUUACAGUUUAAGCGGAUCUGAGAGCGAGGAGUUUUCCCGUAGACACGGUAACUUCCACGGUUAUCAGCAUCCGCUCUAUCAGAAACCUGCUGGAUUAAGUGAAACUCCAACUUCGGAAAACUCUUCUGACGCUACCCUAACAGACUCAGAACUGGCUUUAGCAAGAGAUUCGACGCUGCUUGUUCAUAACGGUUGCUUAUUGGACAGUGCCCCGCGACCGCCUGAUGUUCCUCCAAGGAACCCCACAAUGAGUCGGUUAAAUGGACGCUUAGCGUCCGCCCCACCUCAAGAUCCCAAUCAGGACUUUGAACCCUCGUGUUUAGUCAGAACGCCAUCGGGGAAUGUGUAUAUACCUAGCGGAACCUUAAGUCACUCAAAAAAUUCGGUAAUAGACUACAAACCAAACUCGUCAUGUAACAGCCCCUCAAAAGAAAUGAAAAACUCACAUCCGGGAAGUGGUGCACUAAUGGGAACAAACAGUUUAUCUUAUGGUGCGCAGAUACCUGUUUUACCUGUACGGAACAACCUGAGGAGACCAACGUCGAGUAAUUUUGCUCCGGCAGGCUCCAGAUUCCAUUUCAACAAAGGGUUAGCUUCCAGAUGCAGCUGGAAAUGUACCGCGAUCGCGUUUAUCGUACUGUGUAUUGUACUAACUGCUGCACUCUCCUAUAUAUCUGCAUCAAGUCUACUUAACUGGUCAUAUCAAAACACAAAGCCAUGCACGGUGUUCGUAGGCGAAAAUACUCAAAUCAUUCCUGCCUCCAAGACUGGAUCAUCAGAGACCAACUCGUCAUCGAGCAGACCAAAGCUCUCCUCGUCUUCAUCGAAUAACGGAGGUAAAGUUAACGAGCCUGUUUUUUCUCGCAGACGUAGAGAUGUUAGUCUGCCGCAUGCUGUGUUUCUUCCCGACAACACCUUAUCGAAUUUUAGCCCUGAGCAUGUAGGUAGUUUGCAUGUUAGUACCCAGGGGCCUGAGGGUUCUUUGUUGCAUGACUCUCAAAGUACUUUUGGUUUAUCUAUUUCGACUAAUAGUCCACCUAAUAGCUCGCUGUUUAUUGAUUAUGAUAAAUCCACCACUGUAACAGGGGAAGAUAAUAAGGCAGAAGAAAAAACCGCUGAAUCGAUAGAUAUGUCAUUACCAAUAUUAACGUUGUCCUCGACAGAAAUGGAUAAUUCCACAAAAAUUGACCUUGAAGAAGUUUAUGGCGAACUUGUAGAAGUAAAUAAUGAUGUUAACUUAUUAAAUGAAACAGACAAUUUACAGUUAAACGGUAGAUAUAUAGAAGACCAAAACACGUCUGCCGAAAUGGAAGAUGAUACAAUAAACUCAGGAGAGUUGCAACAUGAUUCUCCAAUAUUUAUUUACGAACAAGAAGCCAGCGCAGAAAUUAUGAAAGCAGAGAAGAAAAUCAAGAUACCCGAAUCGUCACGAGAACUUACAGAUGUUAACCUUGCAGUGCCACCUAUUGAGCAACCGUCAGAGCAGAACCUUAAAAAUUUAUAUAUGCAGCAAGCUAACCCAACUAAUACAACUGAUCAUACAGUAUCUGAACCUCAUGUAAAGCUUUUUGAAAUUCCUUCCUCCGGUCCCUACAAUGCAUCCUCUAAACGUGUUCUUGUAAACGUGACAAUUUCCACGAAUCCUGAUUUAGAUAAUCCUUAUCAAACUCACUCGGUUUAUGUGCUUUCCGUUUCUGUGCCAACUGAUGGACAAGGGCCUGACGUUAACCUAAAAUCUAAAGAAACCGCUUCUUUUGCCGAAGUUCACGAACAUGCUAAAGCGCAAAGUUCAAAUACAGAAGUUCCCGUGCAACAGGGUGGCGCUUGCGAAUGUGAGUGUCCAUGUUUAGGCAGUUCUAAUGAAUUUUUAGAUGUAAACGGAACAGAGUACUACGACUAUGACAGCUUGUUUUCGUCCAACGAGCAAAAAGGUCGCUCACAGCCUGUUUAUGGGAAUGUCUCUUGGCAGUCGACAACUGAGUCGACUGCGACUAGUGAUACUGCUGACACUACCAUUGGUUGUCCGGAUGUUACUACAAAGCUUCCGCCUCCACCGACAAUUUUAAUAUUAGAAGGUGCCAGAACGUUUCCAGCACACUCUUUUCCGCCAGAUGGCACGACUUUCGCGCAAACCUCUCUGGGUCAAAGGAUGACGAAAGAGAUUCCUCCCUACGGCUACUGGAACAUGCAGUUCUAUCAUCCGGAAGCAGCUUAUGUAAAAUUUGAGUAUACUAUUCCAAGGGGAGCUAGUAUAGGAGUAUACGCGCGUAGAAAUGCAUUACCGACACACACCCAAUAUGACAUUCUUGAGGUUUUGAGUGGAUUUAAAGCGAGAGCGAAAAGAGCUUCACAUUCAAUUGUAAAAAAAGAAGUUACCCACUAUAUGGAACAAGGACACUGGUUCCUGUCACUGUAUAAUGACGAUGGAGAUCCACAAGAAAUUAUUAUGGAAGCUGAAGUAGCUGACGAUAUGACGCACAAUUGUCCCAAUGGAUGCAGUGGAAAAGGAGAAUGCCUGAUGGGACAUUGCCAGUGUAAUCCUGGUUUCGGUGGAGAUGAUUGUAGUGAAAGUGUUUGUCCAGUUCUGUGCAGUCAAAGAGGCGAGUAUAUCAAUGGCGAAUGCCAAUGUAAUCCAGGUUGGAAAGGGAAAGAGUGCCAACUGAGGCAUGACGAAUGCGAAGUGCCGGAUUGUAAUGGGCAUGGACAUUGUGCCAACGGCAAAUGCAACUGCAUCAGGGGCUAUAAGGGGAAAUUUUGUGAAGAGGCUGACUGCCCGCAUCCCACAUGUUCAGGCCACGGUUACUGCUUAGAAGGUUCGUGCAUCUGCAAGAAAGGGUGGAAAGGAGCCGAUUGCUCCCAAAUGGACAAAGAGGCUCUUCAGUGUCUUCCAGAUUGUUCAGGGCAUGGUUCUUUUGAUUUAGAAUCGCAAACUUGUACUUGUGAGCCUAGGUGGUCUGGAGAAGAUUGUUCAAAAGAACUCUGUGACUUAGACUGCGGUGACCACGGACACUGCGUCUCGGAAGUGUGUCAGUGUGAUUCCGGAUGGUCAGGCGAGUAUUGUAACUUGAAACAAUGCGAUCAACGCUGUAACGAACACGGCCAGUGCAAAAAUGGCACUUGUCUAUGCGUCACCGGAUGGAACGGAAAACAUUGUACCAUCGAAGGUUGUCCAAAUAGUUGUUCCGCUCACGGUCAAUGCAGAUUUAGCGGUGAAGGUCUGUGGGAGUGUCGCUGUGAUAACGGCUGGGACGGACCUGAUUGCAGUAUCUUGUUAGAGCAGAACUGCAAUGAUGGACGAGAUAACGAUAAGGAUGGGCUAUCCGAUUGCGAAGAUCCAGAAUGUUGUUCGAAUGCUGUAUGCAAAAGUAGUCAACUCUGCGUUUCGUCACCGAAACCGAUAGAUAUUCUGUUACGGAAACAACCGCCCGCUAUCACAGCGUCGUUCUUUGAAAGAAUGAAGUUUUUAAUCGACGAAGGGAGCUUACAAAACUAUGCUCGACAAGAAACUUUUAAUGAGAGCCGGUCGGCCGUAGUCCGUGGACGGGUGGUAACCCAGAUGGGUACCGGUCUUAUGGGCGUACGUGUCAGCACUAGUACUCCCUUGGAAGGAUUUACCCUAACACGAGAUGACGGAUGGUUUGACCUUCUCGUAAACGGAGGUGGCGCGGUUACUCUUCAGUUUGGUAGAUCACCAUUUAGGCCACAAAGUUACAUUGUUUACGUCCCGUGGAAUGAAGUUGUCAUUAUAGACAACGUGAUAAUGACAUUGGGAGAAGAAAAAGGCGUGUCAUCCGUAUCACAACCUUGUGCCGUCCACGAUUACGAUACAAUGAAACCGGUCGUAUUGGCAACGUGGAAGCAUGGCUUUCAGGGUUCUUGUUCUGAUAAAAGUGCUAUUUUGGCCGAGUCUCAAGUUAUUCAAGAGAGCUUAGAGAUUCCCGGUACUGGGCUUCACCUGGUCUACCAUAGUUCCCGAGCAGCUGGCUACCUCUCAACUAUACAACUACAACUUACUCCCGAUGUUAUUCCACCAACUCUCAAACUAAUCCAUCUUCGAAUAACGAUCGAAGGCAUCCUCUUCGACAAAGUAUUUGAAGCUGACCCUAUUAUUAAAUUUACUUAUGCAUGGAACAGGUUAAAUGUAUACAGACAAAGAGUAUAUGGGGUUACCACCGCUAUUGUAAAAGUUGGUUAUCAAUAUAGUGACUGUAAGGAAAUCAUUUGGGAUGUCCAGACUACGAAAUUAAGCGGACAUGAUAUGAGUAUUUCGGACGUUGGUGGUUGGAAUUUAGACAUUCAUCAUCGUUAUAAUUUUCACGAAGGAAUACUACAAAAAGGGGAUGGUUCCAAUAUUUACUUAAAACAUAAACCAAGGGUAAUUCUAACCACCAUGGGUGAUGGACAUCAGAGACCCUUGGAUUGCUUAGAUUGUGAAGGACAAGCCACCAAGCAGCGCCUUUUAGCUCCUGUUGCUUUAGCUAGUGGCAGGGAUGGUUCGAUUUACGUCGGCGAUUUUAAUUUAAUUAGAAAAAUUCAGACCGACGGCAUCGUCAGAACUUUAGUCAGAUUAAAUGCUACAAGAGUAUCGUACCGCUACCAUAUGGCCCUCAGCCCUCUCGAUGGCAACCUCUACAUAUCGGACCCUGAAUCGCACCAAAUUAUUAAAGUACGCAGUACAGACGAUUUUAGUGAUCCAGAUCACAACUGGGAAACGGUAGUGGGGUCUGGAGAAAGGUGUCUUCCAGGGGAUGAGGCGCAUUGUGGCGAUGGCGCCUUAGCCAGAGACGCGAAACUGGCGUAUCCCAAAGGCGUAGCUGUGUCUAACGACAACGUUUUAUACUUUGCUGACGGAACAAAUAUUAGGAUGGUUGAUAGGGACGGAAUUGUGACGACUGUUAUAGGAAAUCACAUGCACAAAUCCCAUUGGAAACCGUUACCUUGUGAAGGAACUUUAAAUUUAGAGGAAGUACAUUUGAGAUGGCCUACUGAGCUUGCUAUCAAUCCUUUGGAUAAUACUCUUCACAUUAUUGAUGAUCACAUGAUUUUACAAUUGACCACUGAUGGCAGAGUAAAAGUUAUCGCAGGUCGCCCCUUGCAUUGUCCUUCUCCUCUCUCAGGCUACGAUAUGGACUUAGCGACCCACGCGACUCUUGUUAUGCCCCAAAGUAUAGCUUUUAGCUCGACGGGGGAUUUGUACGUAGCAGAGAGUGACUCCCAAAGAAUAAAUAGAGUCAGAGUUAUUGGAACUGACGGAAAAAUUUCUCCGUAUGCCGGGGCCGAAUCUAAAUGUAAUUGCUUGGAAAGAGGGUGCGAUUGUUUCGAAGCCGAUCAUUAUUUAGCAUCCAACUCGAAAUUCAAUACAAUUUCAACGGUGACAAUCAGUCCAGACGGACACGUACAUAUCGGGGAUCAGGCUAAUUAUAGAAUCAGAUCUGUAAUGGCGAGCAUUCCAGACUCAAGCAUAUCCAGGGAAUAUGAGAUUUAUUCACCGGAAACCCAAGAGAUUUAUAUAUUUAAUAGAUUUGGACAGCACGUUGCUACUAAAAAUAUUUUAACUGGUGAAACGAGCUAUUUGUUUACUUACAAUGUAAAUACCAGUAAUGGAAAACUUAGUACUGUUACUGAUGCUGCUGGUAACAAAGUGUUUCUUCUUCGGGACUACUCGAGUCAAGUGAACUCAAUCGAGAACACUAAAGGUCAAAAGUGUCGCCUUAAGAUGUCGAGAAUGCGUAUGCUUCACGAACUAAGCACCCCUGAUAACUAUAAUGUAACCUUCGAUUAUCAUGGACCGACUGGUUUGUUAAAAACUAAAAUUGAUAGUAGUGGGCGAAGUUACGUUUAUAACUAUGACGAGUUUGGCAGACUUACAUCAGCAGUGACACCCACAGGAAAAAUUAUUAGUUUGUCCUUCGAUUUAAGCAUUAAGGGUGCAACGGUGAGAGUUAGCGAAAAUGAUGAGAAACAUGUUUCGAUGUUGAUCAAAGGAUCUUCCGUGUCCACCAGGGUGGAAGAUAUUGAGAGUAGGACUAUUUUGUUCCCCGAUGGAGGAGUUGCAACCAUAAAACCGUGGUCACAUGCCAUCACCACCGACACUGUGCCAUACAAUAUCUUAGCUGAUAAAGAGGCUUUAUUAGCAGAGAGCUAUCCUGUACCAAGCAAACAGAGAUCUGAACUUGGAGGAGAUUUGGCCAAUAGAUUUGAAUGGAGGUAUUACAUUCGUCCAAAUCAAAAUGCCAAGAAUAACAAGAACAUUCCCAGAGCAAUAGCGAAAGUGGGCAAAAAAUUACGAAUCAACGGCGAAAAUUUGCUGACAAUGGAGUACGACAGAGAAACCGCAUCAAUAAGCGUAUUUUUAGAUGAUAAAGCAGAACUUCUUAACGUGACCUACGACAGAUCGUCCCGUCCUAUCAGAUUUGGCCCUAAGAAUGGUGUAUAUGCCGAUGUUGAAUUGGAAUACGAUAGAUUUAGUCGGUUGAGCAGUUGGAAAUGGGGAGAAUUGAGUGAAAACUACGGGUUUGAUCGAGCUGGACGGCUCUUCGAGAUUAAAUAUGCUGACGGAUCUUCUCUACAAUAUGCUUUUAAAGAUAUGUUUAGCAGUUUGCCUCUAAAAGUAACAACUCCACGUGGCUCAGAUUACCUUCUCCAAUAUGAUGAAUCUGGAGCUUUACAAUCUCUGACAACGCCCAGGGGUCACAUUCAUACGUUUUCGUUACAAACGUCACUGGGUUUCUUUAAAUACCAAUACUUCUCCCCCAUGAAUAGACAUCCUUAUGAAAUAAUGUACAACGAUGACGGUCAAAUCCUUUCGAAAAUAUUCCCCCAUCAAUCGGCUCGAGUUUCAUAUGUAUAUGACUCUUCUGGUCGUUUGGAGACCACAUUAGCUGGUAUGAGUUCAACGCACUAUACGUACCAUGAUAUGUUAGGUUUGGUGAAAAAUAUAGAGAUUAUCGAGCCCAAUUUCGAGCUGAAGCAAGAAUUUAAAUACCACUCAGGAAUUGUAAAGGACGAAAGGUUGAAAUUCAAUGUUAAAAGUGGAUUGGAUAAUGCACAUUUCAAAUAUCAGUAUGAUGGAAAUGCAAGGUUAUCAAGUAUCGAUGUAGACAUUAAUGGAAAGGAACUACCGCAACUGAAACUAAAAUACAACCAGAACUUGGGCGUGCUAGAAAGUAUAAGUGAUCUCAGAAUAUAUCGAAAUACGUUUAACAGAUCGAUGAUACAGGAUACGGGCAAACAGUUUUUCAGCAUUAGUGAUUAUGAUGACCACGGUCGCCUAAAAUCGACAUUAAUAAAUAUAAAGUCGUUUGAUGUAUUUCGACUGGAACUGGAAUACGACUCUAGAAAUAGAAUAAAAAUGCAAAAACUGCUUGUAGGCAGAACGCAGUUUUUGGACCGAAUCAGUUAUAAUUCAGAUGGACACGUAUUAGAAGUAGUUGGCUCAAGUAAUUGGAAAUAUGUUUAUGAUGAAAAUGGAAAUAUUCAAGCAAUUAUUAAAGACAAAGAUAAGACCACAUUGGGCUAUGAUAGCGGAGAUAGGGUGGUACAGUAUGGAGAUUUGGAAUUCAAUAGUUACGAUAAUAGUGGAUUUGUGGUUAGAAGAGGGGAACAGAAAUACAGAUUUAAUCCAAAAGGUCAACUGAUUCACGCCUUUGAAAGAGAUAAGUUCCAAACUUGGUACUACUACGACGAAAAAGAUCGUUUAAUUGCCUGGAAUGAUGAUAAAGGAAAUGUUACACAAUAUUUUUAUGCAAAUCCCAGCAAACCUUACUUAGUAACUCAUUUACAUUUCCCGAAAACUGGAAGGACUUUUAGAUUUCUAUAUGAUACCCGCGAUGUACUGAUUACCGUGGAAACCCUUGAGCAGAGGUUCUAUGUAGCUGCAGACCAAAACGGUUCUCCGUUAGCUCUCUUCGAUAUAAAUGGCAACUUAAUUAAAGAAAUUCGAAGAACACCCUUUGGAAAUAUAAUUCUAGAUACAAAUCCUGAUUUCUAUUUACCGGUAGAUUUUCAUGGUGGUAUCUACGAUCCUAAUACAAAACUUGUCUAUAUGUCCAAGAGAUUCUACGAUCCCAUCGUUGGCCAAUGGGUUUCGCCAGCUUGGAAAAAAUUAGCAUCGAAACUUACGACUCCUACUGAUAUAUUCAUCUACAGAUUCUUAAAUAACGAUCCUAUUAACGCAAGAUAUAAUACCAAAUAUAUGACUGAUCUGAAGAGUUGGUUGCAGCUUUUCGGUUUCGAUAUUGAUUAUAUGCUGGGCUCGAAAUACACUAAUAAGCUGAUCUAUACUCCACAAGCGACAGUCUCUGCACCGCAACUUGCUCCUGAUUUUGGUAUCAUGUCCGGCUUGCAAUGUAUGGUUGAUAAGGUUAAUGAGAAAUUCACUGACUUGAGCUUCGUCCCCAAACCGCUUUUAAAGCGAGAACCAAAAACUAGAAAUCUCCUACCGAGGGUGGCGUACAGAAAAGCUGUUUUUGGCGAGGGUGUACUGAUAUCCAGAGUAGGCAAUCGUGCUUUAGUAAGCAUGGUGGAGGGCGUAAACGGCGUUGUACAAGAUGUCGUAACUUCUGUGUUUAAUAACUCGUUCUUCCUUAAUCUCCAAUUCAGCAUACACGACCAAGAUUACUUCUACUUUGUGAAAGAUAAUGUUUUAAAGAUAAGAGAUGACUUAGAGGAGCUUAGAAGACUUGGUGGUAUGUUUAAUGUGUCCACCCAUGAGAUUACGGAGCAUGGAUCGAACUCGCCUCUUAAAGAGCUGCGAUUGCAUAAUCCAGACGCUGUGGUGAUAAUCAAAUACGGAUCAGAUCCGAAACAAGAAACUCAUAAAAUACUCAGACAUGCCCAUAAGAGAGCGAUAGAGAGAGCGUGGGAAAUCGAAAAACAGCUUAUCGCGGCUGGAUUCCAAGGCAGAGGUGAUUGGACCGAAGAAGAAAAAGAAGAACUUAUCUCACACGGAGACGUGGACGGAUAUGAAGGCAUCGACAUACACAGUAUACACAAAUAUCCACAAUUAGCAGAUGAUCCAGGCAACGUAGCAUUUCAACGAGACUCUAAAAGAAAACGAAGAAAGAGUGGCACGCGGCGGGGCCGAAUACAUCGACACUCGUAAUACAUUAUAUGAUAUGAACUGAAUGUGUGAGGGAUAAACAGAGUUAUUUUUAUGUGCCAUAACAUAAUGUCGUCAUCAAAUCCUAGUCGUUCGUACAUUAAUUAAUUUAUAGAGACAAAAUACUAUUUUUAAUAAUUCGUGGCUAUUUUUCAUAAAUUGUGGUGAGCAGAUGGGAUGAUGCCAUAUGCAUAGAGAGUAACCUAAGCCAUAAAUGUCCAGUAGAGUUUUAAAAAUAAUUGUGAAUGUAUAGGGAGAUAUUUGGCCCAACCGAAUACAGAAAAUAAAAUAACGAAAAACUUUUUGUUUGAUAUUAAGUAAUUUUUUCGACAAUUUAAAGAAAUAACUGAGAAAUUAAAACUUUAUUUCUUAUUAUAAUUAUGGGCGCCAAAUUGUCUCCGAUUUCUGUAUAUUGUGUAAAAGCAAUCAAAAGGCCUAUCUUUAAGUGUAUACCUGUAUACAUUGUUUUUCCUACAGGGUAGCCUAGAUUCUUCUAGGAAUCGCUGUCUUAUAUAAGUAAAAAAUGUAGUCUGAACGUUUUUCUCAUAUUUCACAAAAAUAAGUUUUUAUUUGUGGAAUAUGAAAAAAACGAAAUUAAAGCCUAUUAUCUGCAUAUAUUAGUUAAGGUAAUACAACUAUUUGUAUAUAAAGAGCUUUUUUUAUAUGAAACCUUAUUAGAAACUAUAAAACAACGGCUAAUUAGGUAGAACCAGUCACUGAUCCUGUAUUCUUUUAUAUCGGUAGGCAUGUCAUUUAUCGGAGUUUUAUAUAUUAUAUAAAUUGAUAUUAAUUUACCUAAAUACUCAACUAUUUUAUAUUAUGUUAUGUAGUAUCUGCAUUCUUAAAAAUACAAAUAUUUUAUAUCCGUGACAAUUUAGUUUAGCUUUAAAGUGACAACGUAGCAUUUGACUGAAAAUCCAAAACAAAAAAAUGUACUAGAAAUAUAACGAUCCUGUAGGUAUAUUAUUCCAAAAAAAGUAUAGACUUUAGAUGUAUAUAAUAUUAAGUAUUUAUGAUUUUAUUAAGUUUUUAUUAUUUUACAUGGUACUUCGUGUCCCUUCCAAAAUAGAUCUGUAAUUUAAUACCCAUAUUACUAUUAAAAUAUGUGUCAAUACAAUAGCACUUAAAAGGAACAUUAUUACAAUCACAAGAACUACAAUUACAAAAAAGUUUAAUUCGAUAUUCCUUUAUUAUGUUUUUCUUUAUUGAUCCUCUUUAUAAUGAUUUUUUCCGCUAUUGUAUUGAUGCAUUGCUUUCUGAACAUCAGAACAAAUGUAAGUAAAUCUUAUUUUAGCAAUAUUAUUUUUAAUAAUAAUUGUGAUUUAAAUAAUUUCACCUUGCAACUUUUUGAUUAAAUGCUAAUUCUAUAAAAAAAAAAGCCAAAUGGGGUAUAGUGAUAUUUUUGAAAAAUAAAAUGUGACUAAAAAUUAAAGCAAUACUUCUUGAUAUUGAUUACUAUUUAAAUAUGAAAUUCCUAAUUAGUAUAUGUGCAAUUGUUGUUUGCAAUGGCACGACAAUGGGGUCGAACAUUCGGACCCUUAGUACUAUAAAUAUUCAUAAGAUUAUAUUUUAUCUGUAUAUAUAUAUGUCAUUGUGUAUAUUGUUUUUAUAUGUAAAUAUAUUUUUGUUUAAUUCAGGAAUAUAAUCGUUUACUAAACAAAA